AUGAGACCGCAGACCGUGAGGGCUAGGGGUUUGAAAGAAGGAGUCUGGACUGAUCGAAGCUACUGGAGCGAAGAGAAGAGCAUGUACCGUUACGAGCUAAUGACAGGGUCGAUAAUCCAAUCCAAACUUUUCGAAUGCUUACGGAAGGAAUACGGAAGCGGAUUCGAAGAACUCGCGUGCGAGAAGUUGGUUCCGAUCGUUGGAAAUAUUUGCCAACCAAAUCUCGGAAUGGAUGCUUAUUCUUCUGGUGUUGUCAUGGAUGAAGUAGAUGUCAUCUACGAUUCCUUGAUCGAUGCAAAUGUGAGCGCCUCACAACGGCUAAUGAGGUUUUCUAAGAAAUGCAAGAAUCUCAAGCUUUUCGUGCACAUCUCAACCGCAUAUGUCAAUGGAAGAAAAGAAGGCAUGAUCUACGAGAAGCCGUUGGUUAUGGGAGAAAAUGGGAGAAACAAAGAGGACUUCGCCAAGUCUUCUUCCAAUUGGGGAAUAGAUUUAACCGACGAGAUGAACCUCGUUAUGAAAUCGUGUGUGGGCUCCACAGAAUUCGACGCAACAAAAGAACUAAAAAGGCUUGGUUUUGAGAGGGCCACAUUCUACGGAUGGUAUAAUCCGUAUCAUUCGACUAAAGCGAUGGACGAAAUGGUCCUUAACGAAAUUAGAGAGAACGUACCCGUGCUUAUCAUAAGGCCAACUGUUAUCGAGAGUAGCUACGAACAACCUUUUCUUGGGUGGAUACAAGGAAAUAGAAUGUUCGAUCCGGUCAUUAUUUCUUACGGCAAAGGACUACUUCUGGCUUAUCUAGCCGAUCCCAACGCGCACGUGGACAUUGUUCCAGUUGAUAUGAUGGCUAAUACAACAAUUGCAACCAUUGCAAAACACGAAAGCAUAAACAAGCCACGAUUGGGCGUGUAUCAUGUGGUGACCGAUUUUGUGAAUCCUUUGAAAUUUUUGGAUUUCUUCGAACACAUCCACGAACACUUUACCCGCACCGGAUUGACAAAUAUUAAUGCGGUUGAAACAAAUGGAAGCACGGUUCAAAAGAGCCGAAAAUUGUACAAAGCGAAGGUCGCUUAUGCCGAGCAGUUAUGCAAAUUGUACGAGUUCAUAGGGUUCUUCAAAGCCAGGUUCCACACCAGAAACACCCGAAAGUUACUAGACGAGAUGUCGAAAGAAGAGCAAGAUAAGUUCGAAAUCGAAGCGACGAAAAUCGACUGUAAAAAGUACUUCGUCGACAUUCAUAUCCCCGGCGUGAGGAAACACGUGUUGAAUAACAAAAUGACUGUCUGA